AUUUAUUUCAACUUCACACUCGUUUCGUCAAAGGUUUUCUCCCUUUUUUGGUCUCAAAUUUUAUUGUCUAUGCGAAGAAAUGUUUUUUAAGUCAAUCAGGACAUUUCGUUAGUACAUGCGAUACUGUUAGAAACUGUUUGGCUCCUGCUUCAAAAUUCCACGUUAAUUGCACGGAGCAAUCGGCUGCUUUGGCAACUAGCCCACUCACUCACCAAUCCACUACCCCUUUUCGGGAGAAGGGGUCAGCUCGCCGGCACAAGGACAUCCCCAGGAGACGGACACUGAAAGAAGGGACAGGGACUGGGAUUUAUCGACGGAGUUGAGGGAGGAGAACAGGAGCAGCAGUUAGCAGUAUGACGACACAGAGCACCACGCCGGCGGGAUUCACUGGGAACCGCAACCGCUACUACAAUCCCGUCUCGAAGAUCCAGUCGCUUAUCCACAACCUGGACGCGGAGCUGGUCCAGUUGUGCAAGCAGUGCUCCGUGCAGAAGCCACUCGCCAGCCACAAUACCAACACUGCGCUCGGAAGCCACUUUGCCUCGACCUUCGGAGCGCUGGGUGGUGGCUCCAGCUCCCUGGGAGGCGGCAGCAGCAAUCACUACCGUCCCGAGAGCAUUGGCAGCCUGCUGGCCCGCGCCCGUGUCGCUAAUCCGACUACCAGGAGCACGAUGACCACUUCUCCCUUGGCGCCGGAUGCCCAAAAGCGUCAGAUGCGCAAUGUCUACCGAACCCGUGUGAUCGACGCCUACCGCAACCGACGGAUCUUUACCGUAUACGGAAACUACCACACGGUGCGACGGGCUCUAAUGCGAAGGGGCUGGCUGGAGAAGCUGCCUGCCUCGCGGCACGCCAAGCUGCAGAGCAUGUCCGAGGACGCCCUGCUGGAGCACGCCCGCCGUGGCAACGACUACGAGGCGGUGGUCAUCUCCAAGAUGAUCAACCACUUCCCAGCCUUCUUCAUCUGGCAGGGCAAGGGCCAGCGCGACCUGUGCGCCGAGGUGAGGCCCUUUCGGAACCGGGUGCGUCGCAGCCAGUUCCUGGACUUCUCCACCAAGGUGGGUCUGGUGGGCUGCGCCGAGCAGGAGCGCUGGUAUCGCGAGGACGGCGUUUGCGGGAUGAGCUACCCGCGCUUCUAUCGCCUGGGCGGUAACAAUCUCGAGGAGCGCAUGGCCUUCAUCGAGGACUAUCAGCAGACGCAGGCCCGAUCCCUGCUGCUCUACGUGCGGGAGCACCAACCGGUUGAACUGAUCAGCGAGAAUGGAACCAUAUCCAGCACCACCCUGGACUUCGCCCUCGGGAAGGUGAAGAAGAUGGUCCGCCAUGCGGAGCACUACUCCUUGGAUGAUGCCAGGAUCAAGCCGCCGACGCCCGCUGAGAUCGUUGAGAACCAGACCUUCAUGGUUCAAUCCGCCGAUGUGCUGAAGUCCAACGCCAAGUUCAAGGUCAGCGAGAAGGUGAUGACGGAGUACGCCCGUCUAGCAGGGCUGUACCUGGACCAGAUCGAGUCCCUCCGGCCAGACUAUCGGUGGGACGGCAGCCGCAAUCUGUGGAUCCUCAAGCCCGGAUACCAGUCGCGCGGCAUCGGCAUCGUUAUCCGCAGUUCCCUCGACGAAAUCCUGCAGUGGACAUCAAAUAACCAGAAUAAGAAGUACAUUGUCCAGAAGUACAUAGAGCGGCCCUUGCUGGUCUACCGCACCAAGUUCGACAUCCGGCAGUACAUGCUGCUGAGCAUCACGGACACCAAGGUGAGCAUCUGGACGUACCGGGACUGCUACCUGCGCUUCAGCUCGCAGGAGUUCACCAUGGACGACCUGCGCGAGUCCAUCCAUCUGACCAACAACUCGGUGCAGAAGCGGUACAAGAACAAGACCAACCGGGACUCGCGGCUGCCCAAGAACAACAUGUGGUCGCUGGACCAGUUCAAGAGCUAUCUGCGCCAAAUGGGCGCUCCUGAUGGGACGUGGUCGAAGACCUACAACGGAUUCAAGCAGAACCUGGUGGCCGUGGUGAUGGCCAGUCUGGAUGAGACGGAACUGUUGCAGAACGCCUUCGAGCUGUACGGCUGUGAUUUUAUGCUCGACGAGCACUACAACCCCAUACUGAUCGAGAUCAACUCGACGCCGGAUCUCUCGCCAUCCACCGAGAUCACGGCCAGGAUCUGUCCGAUGGUCCUCAAGGACUGCAUCCGAGUGGUGGUGGAUCUGCCGAAGAACCCCACCGCCGCCACUGGACUCUUCGAGCUGGCCUUCGAGGUUAACUACAGCAUUAACAAGGGAGCCGAUGGCAAGCCAUUGGAACUAAAUGGCAAGCAGAUGACCCUUUUCGAGAACAUGCCCAGGAUGCGAAACAGCCCCAGGACGCGGCUCCUGCGCAAGAUUCUGAACAACGUGAAGACUACCAGCAGAAAGGUGGAAAAGGUCAAGGAAGCUCAAGCUAAAAAUGUUAAGGCUGCCACUGUGAAGAUCUCAAAAAAGAAAAAAAUGGCUGCCUCAGUUGGAAGUUCAAGCACAUCUUCGGUUCAGCCAUCAUCGCAGAACUUGGAUCCCAAGGUCAUUCUGAAUCCGACAACUCGUGAGAACCUGGCCCUCCAAUAUACCGCCCCAAAGUGAAGCUACAGAAUUUACAGAAAGUUUUAGUAGUACAUAUGUGUAAGGAAAUACAAAUAAAACAAAAGAACAGACUGAUCCUUAAAACUCUGCCUGAAAAUAUGAAAAAAUCUUGUAUGUGCUCCCUCCAUGCGGCAAUGGUCCCGAACAAUAUCCCAACCGGUAGUGGAAAUUGAUAACAUUUACACACAGUAUCAUCAAUCCCAAAUCUAUUUGAGUUUAUUCAAUAGCUAACACAUUUACUAGAACAGAAUACAAUAACAUCCGCAAGUUUAUAUAACGAUUUUUCCAAUAAACU